AUGAAGAACAUCCCAUAUGCUUCUGUUGUUGGAAGCUUGAUGUAUGCUCAGGUUUGCACUCGACCUGACAUAGCCUUUGCUGUGGGAAUGUUGGGAAGAUACCAAAGUAAUCCAGGUAUGGACCACUGGAGAGCUGCAAAGAAGGUGAUGAGGUAUCUUCAAGGAACAAAGGGACACAUGCUUAUGUACAGACGAACGGACAACUUGGAGGUAGUUGCUUACUCGGACUUAGACUUUGCCGGCUGCAUUGAUUCCCGUAAAUCAACAUCGGGAUAUAUUUUUAUGUUCUGGCGAAGCUGUAUCCGGAGGAGUGCAAAACAGACCUUGGUUGCCACUUCCACUAUGGAGGCAGAGUUCGUUUCCUGUUUUAAGGCCACCUCACAUGGUGUGUGGUUGAAAGGUUUCAUAUCGGGGCUUAGAAUUAUGGAUUCCAUUGCUAGGCCGUUAAGAAUAUUUUGCGACAAUUCAGCUGCAGGUUUUAUGGCUAAGAACCACAAAAGUGGUAGUCGAAGCAAGCACAUCGACAUCAAGUAUUUAGCCAUCAGAGAACGUGUUAAAGAGAAGAAAGUGGUCAUAGAACACAUAAGCACAGGAUUGAUGAUAGCUGAUUCUUUAACUAAAGGUAUUAAAAUGUUUGAGGAUGUUGCUGAGUCCAAGUUGAGAAAAGGUGCUAUUGUGAAGUCUGUUGGUGUUGUUGAUGCGAGUGCAGGUCAUGUUGCUAAAGUUUUUGAUCGCACAAGAACUAUGGUUGAUGUUUAUGGUGCUUUCUAUGAUUUUCUUGCAUCCUGA